CCAGGGACCAGAUAGGAAGGGGGGGAAAAAAGGGAUGAAAGAGAAGGAGGAUGGAUGGAGGCGUGGUGAAGUGAUAUGGCGAGAAGUGUGAGAGACUCCCGCAAAGGGAGGGUGAUAGCCAAGGAAGUGACUAGGAAAUGGGAAUAAGAGAGGGAGACAGCAAAUCUGGAAUUCUCCCUCCACUGGCUGCACCUGCUCAGCAUCCUUCUGCGCAUCAUGUCUAACUACACAAUCCCGGCUCUGCUGCAUCCUCUCCACAAUGGCACCGCUGCUCUGCAUUCAUAGCUUCCUCCGCUUGCAUCCCCGGCAUCCUCUGCCUGCACACACACAGCUUUAGCCACUGCUGUUCAUUUCUCUGCACUGACAGCCACUUUACAUGCCUAUUCCGCCGCGUUCUGCACACGCUAGCUGAAUGCUCGCUUCGCGCGGAGCCCUACCGGGUGUUUUUUUCGGAGAAGGCCUACAGUCUGCAACCCACCCUUUCCCGUCUUGUGGUCGUGAUGAAGAAGAGCCCUCUCGGUUGGAAGAAGGUGAGCCAAAGACCUCAAACCCGUUGACUUUGGACCCUACACCCGUAUUCGCUUCCCAGUCUUUCACUUCAAAUCUCCCCUUCCUCAGGAUUUCGAAAUUCUAUGCUACAUCCAGUCUUCCUGCGGUGAGAACCUUGAUCUACCUCUCCGUGCCCCCCCACCCUCUCUUUUCCUAUAGGAAGUCUACACAUCUGUAUUUCGCGGCCCCCAUGGACAGAUCCUUCCCCAUGGACGUCAACCUCCCAUCUGUCAGGACUCUUUCUCAUCUGGGUAGGUUUCAUCAUGGCCUGUUGUCAAUUCCCCCCCUUUUAGACUUUUAACCUUGUUCUCCCAAACCUUAGGGGGGGGGGGGGGGUAUUUUCGUGACCGCCGGCUGAAGAAGUCUAAAGGGGGGGGUGGGGGGGUGGUCUUCGUGGUUUGUUUAGUCUCCCUUUCUGGUACCCUCACUUCAGCGGAAGACCCCCUUCUCCUGUGGGACUCUGUGCCUUAAUGACAUUACCUCUGCCUUGUAUCAGCUGGUUGGGGGGAUAGAGAGUGUCAGCUGUCACCCCCCCACCACCCCAAAAAAAAGGACGUGAUUGCCCCCCUGCAGAUGAGGUGGAAUCCCCCCCCCCCUACCCACCCUCCGCGCACUGUCUCCGGGAGACGAAGAAGGAAUUGAGAAGGGAGAGCAGAAUUGUGUAGAAGAGGGAAUGGAGUCCUUGUGGUUCGUCUUGGGGGGGUCUCGGAAAGGAGUGUGAUCCACCCCUUCCUCCGUCCACAUCGUAUUUCCCUCCAGCUUCCCUGCAUCCCUCCGGUGUGAGCUACUGAGGAACCAAGGAUCAGAGAGGAGAGGGGGAUCCCUAUCCUGCGCUGCUCUGGCUGCAUCCUCAUCUAUCUAUCCAGGUUCACCUCUCAAGAAGAUGGACACGUGGUGAAGGGGUUCCCUAAAGUAGACAACCCUUUUCCUCCUGCUAAAACCUUCAAAUUGCAUGAAGAGUGAGGUGGUGUCAGCCUGGCUGCGCCUCGAUCCGUCUCCAUGAGGAGUAGAAGAAGAUGCUGCAACCCGAGCUGGGAGCUCCGCUCCUCCUACUGCUCCUGAGCCUCACCUCCCCUGGUGCCUCAUUGCUGUCAUCUCUACGUGUCGCUGCCAUCCUUGACGAUCAGACUGUCUGUGGUCGAGGCGAGAGGUUGGCGUUGGCUCUUGCUCGGGAACACAUUAAUAGCCACACACAAGGAUCAUCCAGUGGUCGUGUAGAGGUGGAGAUCUUUGAGUUGCAACGGGACAGUCAAUACGAGACUACAGAUACAAUGUGUCAAAUUUUACCCAAAGGGGUUGUCUCUGUACUGGGACCCUCGACCAGCCCAGCCUCUGCUUCUACCGUCAGCCAUAUCUGUGGUGAAAAGGAGAUUCCUCAUAUAAAGGUGGGACCAGAAGAAGCACCCAAGCUACAAUAUUUACGGUUUGCGUCCGUCAGCCUGUACCCAAGUAAUGAAGACAUAAGCCUUGCUGUGUCUCACAUACUGAAGUCCUUUCACAACCCUUCCACCAGCCUUAUCUGUGCCAAGGCCGAAUGUUUACUGCGGCUAGAGGAGUUGGUCCGUCAGUUCCUCAUAUCAAAAGAUACACUUUCCGUGCGGAUGUUGGAUGACACGAAUGAUCCGACACCUUUAUUAAAGGAAAUCCGUGAUGAUAAGGUGUCCACUAUCAUUAUUGAUGCCAACGCCACUGUGUCCCAUCUCAUCCUUAAGAAGGCUUCUGAGCUCGGGAUGACGUCUGCUCACUAUAAAUAUAUUCUGACGACAAUGGACUUUCCCUUGUUAUCCUUAGAAGGGGUGGUAAGUGACCAUUCCAAUAUCCUAGGAUUUUCCAUGUAUAACAGUAGCCACCCCUUUUAUUUGGAGUUCCUAAGAAGUCUCAACAUGUCGUGGAGAGAAAACUGUGAGCUCAGCACAUACCUGGGGCCAGCGCUUUCGGCGGCACUUAUGUUUGACGCUGUACAUGUUGUAGUCAGUGCCGUACGGGAGUUAAACAGAAGUCAAGAAAUUGGUGUAAAGCAGCUGUCCUGUAGUACGUCACAGAUUUGGCAACAUGGAACCAGCCUCAUGAACUACCUACGAAUGGUAGAGUACGAUGGACUGACCGGCCGAGUAGAGUUUAACAGCAAAGGACAAAGGACAAACUACACUCUACGAAUUCUGGAGAGGGCUGGAGAUGGCCACCGAGAGGUUGGUGUUUGGUAUUCAAACCGUACCUUGGCCAUGAAUGCCACCAGUCUGGAUAUAAACAUUUCAGACACGUUGGAGAACAAGACUUUAGUAGUAACCACAAUUCUUGAGAAUCCAUACAUGAUGCGCAAAGCAAAUUACCGAUCCCUAUCUGGCAAUGACCAAUACGAAGGCUUCUGCGCUGAGAUGUUAAUGGAGCUAGCUGCACUCCUGAGGUUCAACUAUAGGAUAAAGCUUGUUGAAGACGGGUUGUAUGGAGCUCCUGAGCCUAAUGGAUCUUGGACAGGAAUGGUGGGAGAACUUAUCAAUCGGAAGGCAGACCUGGCAGUCGCUGCAUUCACCAUCACGGCCGAACGGGAAAAAGUGAUCGACUUUUCCAAACCCUUCAUGACAUUGGGGAUCAGUAUCCUGUAUCGGGUUCAGAUGGGCCGGAAGCCUGGGUACUUCUCCUUUCUGGAUCCUUUCUCUCCUGCUGUCUGGCUCUUCAUGUUGUUGGCUUAUCUGGCAGUCAGCUGUGUGCUGUUCUUGGCAGCCAGAUUGAGCCCUUAUGAAUGGUAUAACCCGCACCCAUGUCUACGGGAGAGGCACCAUAUCCUGGAGAACCAAUACACACUGGGGAACAGCCUGUGGUUUCCUGUAGGAGGGUUUAUGCAACAAGGGUCAGAAGUCAUGCCCAGGGCACUGUCUACAAGAUGUGUUAGUGGAGUCUGGUGGGCCUUCACUCUUAUAAUCAUCUCUUCCUAUACUGCCAACCUUGCUGCUUUUCUGACUGUACAGAGAAUGGAAGUCCCAAUUGAGUCAGCCGAUGACCUUGCAGAUCAGACCAAUAUUGAGUACGGAACAAUUCAUGGUGGAUCUACCAUGACCUUCUUCCAGAACUCGCGGUAUCAAACAUAUCAGCGCAUGUGGAAUUACAUGAACUCGAAGCAGCCCAGUGUGUUUGUGAAGAGCACAGAGGAGGGGAUAGCGCGUGUGCUGAACUCCCGAUAUGCAUUUCUUCUGGAGUCCACCAUGAAUGAGUACCAUCGUAGGCUCAACUGCAACCUCACCCAAAUCGGAGGCUUACUUGAUACCAAGGGCUAUGGCAUUGGGAUGCCCCUAGAAUCUCCAUACAGAGAUGAGAUCACUCUUGCAAUCCUCCAACUUCAAGAAAAUAAUCGCUUGGAGAUACUGAAACGCAAAUGGUGGGAAGGGGGGAAGUGUCCCAAGGAGGAAGACCACCGUGCUAAAGGACUGGGCAUGGAGAACAUUGGUGGUAUCUUUGUCGUUCUCAUCUGCGGCCUAAUAAUCGCCGUGUUUGUGGCCAUCAUGGAGUUCGUGUGGUCAACGAGACGUUCAGUGGACAAUGAAGAGAUCUCAGUAUGUCAAGAGAUGCUGAGUGAGCUCCGCAGUGCAGUGUCCUGUAAAAAGACAUCUCGUUCGCGUCACCGUCGUCGGCCACCACGUCACCUUCAUGGGAGGACUCUACUUUCCCUCAGUCGACCGCCUCGAGCUACCAGAGAGACGCGACUCUGCAAUGGCCGCCUUUACCAGACCCACCAGCACCCUCCGGCUCCUCCUCAUCCUCCCCCUGCCCCAGGUGCUCAGCGUCUCCAUGAGGAUGCCCCGUCUUCCUCUGGUCGGGGAGGGUGUUCCCAUUUCAGAAUCUGCCAGGAAUGUCGGCGGAUACAGACUCUACGAGGCCCGCCACCACUACCUAGACCACCGCAGUCUCCAAAACCACCACCGCCUCCUGCUCCAGAGGACCUCACACCCCUCUCACAUCACCGGAGACUGGCAGACCCUCUAGAUGCCAGUGCCCCAGAGUGAUGUUGGGCGUGACACAAAGACUGGUUGUAUGGACCUUUAGUGUGAGAGGAGGAGAAGAAGAGGUGUUAAAGACAGAGAACAUAGGGGGCAUCUGGACCCUGGACAUCUGUCCUUUCCCCUGUUCUUCCCAACACUCUGUUUUGGGGUGGGUGGGUCUCUAUGAAGCCUCCUCUGUAUUCAUCAGAAACACUGCGAUGCCUCAGUCUUUUACAAUGUACGCUGUGCGUGCGAAAUAAACUGUCCCCUUCCAACA